UUUAUGCUCUCCUCCCAUUACUUUAUCAAGAAAUCUCAGGACAAAUCCUGCGGGACUUUAGUUAGAGAGAGACCGAUGGCGGCGGCGAGCGUCGGCGGCGGAGCGGCGCCGUUCGUGUGGAAGACGUACCGGAUGGUGGAGGACCCCGGGACGGACGGGGUCAUCGGGUGGGGGAAGGGGAACAACAGCUUCGUCGUCGCCGACCCCUUCGUCUUCUCGCAGACCAUGCUCCCCGCGCACUUCAAGCACAACAACUUCUCCAGCUUCGUCCGCCAGCUCAACACCUAUGGCUUCCGCAAGGUGGAUCCGGACCGGUGGGAGUUCGCCCACGGCUCCUUCCUCCGGGGCCAGACGCACCUCCUGCGCAACAUCGUCCGCCGUGGCACCCCCGCCCCCGGCGGCGGCGGCAAGCGCAAGGACGCGGGGGCGGCCGGCCUCACCGACGACGACAUGACCAUGGUCGCCACGGAGGUGGUGAGGCUGAAGAAGGAGCAGAGCACCAUCGACGACAGGGUGGCCGCCAUGUGGCGCCGCGUGCAGGAGACCGAGCGGAAGCCCAAGCAGAUGCUCGCGUUCCUCCUCACCAUCGUCGGCGACCGCGACACGCUGCAGCGCCUGGUCGGCAACAGCGGCAACGCGGCCGGCGGCGAUCAGGAGCCGGUGGAGGGCGGCGAGAAAAGGGCGAGGCUGCUGCUUGACGGCGACUUCGGCAACGUGUCCGCGUUUGGGCCGGACGCCGUCGACUUCGCGGGGUUCUACACCGACGACGCGUUCGCCAAUGCGCCGGUGCCGGUGGAGGCGGCCGCCGGGUCGGGCGGUGGUGGUGCCGGCUGCACGUUUGCGUUUGGAGUGGACAGUGGGUACUGAGUAGUGACGCCCGACAGAAAUUGCGCCGCCCGCGUGUGCUAACUGCUUGGUUUAUGGCCGAAUUAUUGGCAUUGCGUGAGUCUGCCAUUUUGACCGCUACAUGUUCCCAGUCUGCCUUGUUCCAGGGAUGACACAAUUUGCAAAUUCGUGUUUUCUCUGUACGUUUUAUCCAUGCAUUGGGUUUUAUCUGUCCGUUUUGACGGCGCCUCCGCUGGGAGGCUACGGUCAACAAAAAUUCGUGUGCAUUGCAAGUCAACAAAAACAAUCUAUUUGAUUCUUCU